CUCAGCCGACUCGCACACACCGAUCUUAAGACCCAACAGAGCGGAGAACGGAGCCGGAAGAAAGAACUUACUGCGAAAAGCGCGGCAUUAAGGCAAACAGGUGCCGGCGUCCUUGUCGAGUGAAUUCUGGAAGCUCGCCGAAACGGCUGCCGAGGUGAUGAGGUCCGAGACGAACGAGUGGAUCGGUGAGAGGUCGUCGCGCGCUGCGAGGAAGACGAUACAGGACCCGUCUUUCGCCGAGCUGACCGACUCUUCCUCAGUCAGCGAGGAGUCCUGGAACGGGAGGUCCAGAAAAGGCGGAGGCCGUAAAAGAAAACCAGCCCUCAACGCCAGAGAGAGGAAUCUGAGAAGGCUGGAGUCGAACGAAAGGGAACGGAUGCGAAUGCACAGCCUAAACGAUGCUUUCCAGUCACUCCGCGAGGUCAUCCCUCACGUGAAGAAAGAACGGCGGCUCAGCAAAAUCGAGACGCUCACAUUAGCGAAAAACUACAUCAUGGCGUUGACGAACGUCAUCUGCGACAUGAGGGGCGAAUCCUGCCCUUACGGUCAAGAACAGCAGCCGUCCCUCGACGAAAUCAAGACCGACUAAUUCCAAAAUAAAUUUAACAAGUCAGGAAAUCUGCCCCAAGCCAAAAAAGAACAACAACGAACCAGGAGACAUAGUUAUCCGAAAAGCUACAGGGUUGCGGAUAAAGGGUAUUGCAAAAAAAAACAUAAAUCCGCAUUUAAAUUUGAUUAUUGCCACACCACAUUUUCAAGAUUCUUCUUUCAUAUUUCUUUCUUAUGAAUCAUGUAAAUUAACUGUGUAUGAAUUUAAAACUUUCAUUAGACUUCAAAUAUUUUUCUAACUGAAAGUCAUUAGGAUUCUUUCGGACUGUGUAAAGUCUUAGAACAUUUUGUAAAUUAUUAAAUGAUUUUUUCCUUUGUUCAAAUGUUUUCCUAUCUGCUGGAGGCUUUCUUCCCUUUCUUGCUGAAAGACAUAGGUCAGAUGACAGACUAGUUCAAAAUUUCUCCAGUUUGAAAGUUCUUGUUGAAUUACAAAAUUUUUGAAAUUUGGUGUGGUAGCUUAAAAUUGUACUGGUCUCGCUGAAAUGUAUUAUUUCUUCUUUUGUCCGACUGUUUUCCGGGUAUGAUGAAUUCACUGUUUCUUCCAUUGUUUCUAUAUAAUAGGCACGUUCAUUCAAAAUUUCUCGAUUCUCCAGCCAGGCGUAUUUUCUCUUUUCUUUGUUCGAAAAGUGCUAUUAAUAGUGAUAAAAGGUCAAAUUUAUUUAUUCCAAUUUUAAUAGGUUUUGAAUUGAAUUUCAGAAAAACUACUUGAUUUUUGUUAUUCACGUUUGAUGUUCUUUCGAGAAUUAUUUUGUUAAAAAAUAUAUUUAUUUUACGAUUUGUUUUCGAUUUUUAUUCACGGGCUUCCUUCUAAAUUGGCUAGAUAUUUUUCUACUUAAUAGUUGUAUAUAUAUUUUUUUUUUCAACAAAAUAUUUGUUAUU